AGCGAAGAGCAAGCGUUGUGUAUCGCUCAGAGGCCAGAACUAUUUACCAGUGCGGUGCGGUAGGGUACGCGCACGACGGGGUGUGCCGGGGUCGCGGUUUUAUUUUUUUAUUUCCUUCUCUCUCUCUCACUCUCUGACAAGGACAGCCGGGUAGCGGUCUCGAGAAGCCACCUGGGACCUGGGGGACCCACCGACCCGCGUUUGUUUUUGUUGUCGUCCCGCGGACGCAGCCGACGACACGUGGGCGCGUCGCGGGUCCGUGUGGCGCGCGCGACGGCCGUCCGUCGCCCCGAGUGCCGGUCUCCGCCGGGGAAGUAAGUGUGCGCCGAGGAACAUGAGCCAGGCGCCGGCGCGACCGGCUCGCUGCAGCCAGGAGACUCGCGUCUGAGAUAGCCUCAACCACACCUGACCUCCUCCUCCUCCUCCCAACCCCCGCACACCCGGUGAAACAACUAACUCCACCAGCAGCGGCAGCAGCCCGAGGGAAAGACGGCGUCCUGCCAGUACUGCUGCUACGUCCCGCAGCCCUACGGGCCGUGCGAGGCUAUGGAGGCUACCUACUGCAUGGGCAGCGACGUGGACGUUUGUCGCAUGUUCGACCAGUAUCUCUACAAGAGGAACGACAACCUAGACCUCUCGCUGUCUGUGCCGCACUCUUUCCACGCCAACGGCCACAUGUCUGAUCAGACGUUCCACACGCCGAGCUUCGGCGACGAGGAGUUCGACAUCCCGCCCAUCAACCCGCACCAGCACCAACAGCACCACCAGCACCACCAACACCACCAGCAGCACCAACCGCAGCACCAGCCGCAGCACCAGCCGCAGCAGCCGCAGCACCACCCGGGCAGCAUGGCCUCCUACCAGCAGUCGCAGAUGUUGCAGAAUCAGUCGCCUGACAAUAUGGUGAUGAGUGACCCAUCAGGAUACCAGCAGUCGUUAUAUCUGUCGGGUCCCCCAGAACAUUCCAUGGGGAUGAGUGUUAGCACGUCGUACAGCAGCCCGCAGCAGCCCACGUACACGAUGGCCAGCCCCAGCCAGGCCAGCAGCCAGCUGCUGCUCAUGCAGCAGCAGCAGCAGCAGCAGCAGCACAUGAUGCUGAGCCAGGGGCCGGCAGGCCUGGGCCAGUACGGCUGCGCGGCCCAGGGGGGCAGCCCGCCCACCGGCCAGGAGGGCACCACCACCUCCGAGGACAGCGACGACAGCACCCCGCACUCCGCCAUGAUGGUGGGAAUGAAGCGGCCGUCUCCGGAGCCAACUGACAAUGGCCUUGCCAAGAUACAGAAGAAACCAAAGGUUCAGAAGAAAAAGAAGAAACGAGACCCAAAUGAACCACAGAAACCUGUUUCAGCUUAUGCACUGUUCUUCAGAGACACCCAGGCAGCCAUCAAAGGGCAAAAUCCUAAUGCCAGUUUUGGCGAAGUUUCUAAAAUAGUGGCAUCUAUGUGGGACGCCUUGGAUGCUGAACACAAGAAUGUUUAUAAGAAGAAGACAGAAGCAGCGAAGAAAGAAUACUUGAAGGCUUUGGCAGCAUACAGAGCAAGUCUUGUGUCAAAGGGCGCAGGCGAAUCUGAAGGGAUAUACGGAGGCUAUGGCGGCUACGGGGGAGGUUACAGUGGUUACUCCCCGCCUGCGGCUCUCCCGUCCCCUCCGAUGUCUGCGCCUGUUCCCCAGCAGACACAGCAGCAACAGCAGAUGGCAAACAUGGCCAAGAAGUCCCCCCUGCUCAACUCCAUGAUGAACGAGAGAGGCAAUGGGCAGCCCCCACAGGGCAUGAUGGGACCUGUGGGUGGUCACAUGGGCCAACCCCACCUUCAGCAGCAGGUCAACCAGGGCGGCUACAUGCAGCAGAUGAGCCCCCGGCAGCACGGGGAGCAGCACCUGGUGGCCAGCCCGCCUCCCCCGCCCAGCGCGGGGCCCCCCGCCUCCUCCGCCCCGGUGCAGCAACAGCCCCCGCAGCAGCCGCCACGGGGCGGCAACACCUGCAUCCGCCACGGCUGCAACAACGCGGCCAUCUCCAACUCCGAGUGGGAGGAUGAGUACUGCAGCAACGAGUGUGUCGUCAGCCAUUGCAGAGAUGUUUUCAGUUCGUGGGUGGCAUCCAACCAGAGCCAGGCACAGAACUUCUCAACAGUGAAGUAAGGGAGUGGCGAGUGGAGCAACCAUCUCGUGCCGCUUGGGGAGGGCCCGGAGAGCGAAGCAGAGGAGAGAAGCAGAAGUGAUGAAGUCGUCCGGUGGACUUGAAGGUUGCUUAAUCCGCCUGCCAUUUCCUCCCUCGAUUUGUCAUCCCCCCCCCCCCCCCUCCCCUGUCUCUACUCCCAUCCCUUCCCUCAACCACCAAUUUGUCAGCCGUACAGUUGUAACCAUUACUGGAAGACAAGUACUCGAAAUAUAAAAACAUGACUGACUGGCCUGCUAAUCGUAUCGUACUCUCGUACUCUUGUUGACUGAUCGGACGGGCUUGGCGGCAAGCCUUACGAGGGGGCUCUCACGAUGGUUCCCGUAUUAUGGCAAUCCCAAUGUUAAAAGUAUUAUGGUAUUAUAUAUAAAACAAUAAUUAAAAAAGGUAUAUGUGUGUAAAUAUGUAUCUGAGAAGCUUGUAUACUUAAACUUUCACUACACCUAUUUGUUGCAUGUUUGUCUUAUCUGAAGGGGAAAAAAAAAGACAAAUACAUAUAUAACAUGUUAAAUAUUUCUCAUAUCCCUUCAAUUUUUUUGUCUGUGGUGAUAUCAUUACAUAUUACAGUAUAUAAUUAAUGAUAAAAUCUUUUGUGGUGAGUAAAUAAUGUUUACCUAUUCAUAUUUGAAUGUUGCUGUUGAUUUCCUGGAGUCUAUUAUAAUAGUAAUACUAAUAAAUAAUGAAUAAUUAUGUGAAUAGUAUGUGAGAUUUUGUGUGUGUAUAAUGUUAAAAGGGAUCAGUAAUUGUUUUUCUUCUGUCACAACAAUUGUCUCUUGUCCUAUCAAAAGAAGUGUGAGUGAUUGUAUUGCUAGCCUUCAAGGCUUAUUUUUAUAUGGUGUCCAGCCACAUCUUUUGUGAUGGAAAAAAAAAGUGAUAGUAAGAAAUUAAUGUUGUGCAUAAGGUUUGUACUUAAAUUUUCAUGCCUGCACACAUUAAAUAUGUUCCAGUUUAAUUUACCAGCUUUGCUACAAUGAUGAUGCAUUAUCAUGCUUGUUAUAAGUGCACAUUUGUUUUGUUUAAUCUGUGCCCAAUUUGUUUGUAACAUUGAAAAUUUUAUGGAAUCAAGUUUUAAAUUUUUUAUAUUGAACCUUAAAAAAUUUUUUAUUGCAAAGAUCUAUAGUGCUUGCCACCAACUGUGCCAGUUAUUUUGCUCCCUCCCCCCCCCCCCCCCUUUUUUUUCCCUCUGUCAUCGCUUAGCUCUCAAACCCUUUAUGCAUAUUUCCCUAGGCAGUAGGAAUGUGAGGUGAAACCUUCCACAGCUUUGCUCCUCCACACCCUUGCAUGCCACGUCACUUUGUAUUUAUUGUUUUUUUUUUAAACAUUAAUAUAUAUAUAUAUAUAUAUAUAUAUAUAUACACAUACAUAUAUGCGUACUUCUAUCUAUUCAUGUUCAUCAGGAGAAUGGCUAUAAGCUUCAUUUGCUACAUGAUAAAAUAUGUGUUUUAAAUUGUAAAACAGAGAAUGUGUCAUGUGCCUUCAGCUACAUUUAUGAGAAGUGAAGUCCUUUCAUUCUUUUUUGCAGUUCACGUUUUCAAGAAAAAGUAAAAGUAAAGGUUUACGUUGCACGUUUUGACACAUCUAAACAAUUGUUUCACUAUUCGACGUACCUAUUCAUGUAAUCUCGUUUCCAGCAAUUUUAAAAGUACAUGGUACUUUUUAUUCGAAAGCAUAUUGAUAUGUUAUGUUUGUUCAAACUGUAUAUAUUAUGUACAUGUAAUACUAAACAAACCCAUUUAAAAGUCACGUUACAACAGUAAAUAGCUCUGCCUGUGUGGUAUUCCUAUAGCCAGAGACAAGAUUUUAAGGUUUUAUUUUUAGAUCAGUUUCGUUAAUAAAAUGUUAGAUUUCUGUGUAAUUGUUUUUAUUUUUAUAUGUGCAUUGUCUUUAUUCAUAAAAAUAAUUUAGUAUUUAAUUAAUAUGAAACUUAGAUAAUUUUUAGUAAUUAUUACAACAAAAUAGUCAACAACCGACACAUUAUAGAAUUAUACAAUGAGUAUGUCUCGAACAGAACGACUCAAGAUAUAUAAAAAUAAUUCAGCAAAUUUUUGUGUGUUUGAAAAACAAACAAGUGACAUUAAUGUCAAAACUUGUUACUAAAAAGAGAUAGAUGCAAGACAAAGGAAUGUAAUAUUAAUUUUUUUUUCAAUCCUUGUGCAUGUAGUUAAUACAUCAUGGUAAAAAAUUUAUGCUAAAUAAAUUACAUUCAAAAAAUUUACCGUGAGUAAAGAUUAAAUUUAUUAAUUUUUUUUUGUCAAUUUGGUGAUUGAAUUCAUGUUUUUAGUUACAUUCUGGUGCCACAUGGUGUAUUAACUUGCAUUUUGGUGUUAUUUGUAUUGAUUUUUUUUUGCGUUUUAUUAUGGUUUUAUCGCAAUUCACUACAUAAUCUUGUUCCUACCUAUAGCACACACUGUCAACUCAACUUUAAGGUGUCGUGCGCAGUUUAUGAUAAUUUUAUGAAGCUGAACGGUACCACCUUUCAUUCUUUCUACCAUGGGUGUGACACCACCACGUAUUUUAGUACAUAAAAUUUUUGCAUAGCAGAAUACACAUUAUACUUUUGACUAAUUAACAAAUACAGCAUUAAAGUAUAGCCUUAAAUUACAGAAAUAUUUUAGUAAAAGAUGCCUACAGAGCUAUAAACAGGAAAAUAGAAAAGAUGGGUUACACCUUAAGGGAUUAAAUUGUACUUUUUUAAUGUGUAUCAGUUUUUUAAGUACAUGAGUAACUUUGGAAAUCCAGAAAAUUGGGAAUAUUGGCAGAUGCCAAUACUAAAACAUUGAUAUAUCUCUAAAAAAAGUGAAGUUAUGAUAGUUUGACUUUGGUAAUGUAUUUAAGAAAUAUAGUUAUUACCAUCAGAGCCAUCAAAAUUCAGGCUUUCAUAUUUUUUCGGUGUUAAUUUUUAAAAUUAUGUUAUAAAUGUACUGUCUUCUUUUUUUUUUUUUUAUCAUUUUGCUAUAGUUUGGACUAAUCUCAAAACUAAGCUCUUAAUUUUGUUUUCACAGUUGCUUUAUAGUUUCCGCUUUUACCUUUCUUUGAAGAUAUUUGAUAUUUAUUUAUACCAUCAAAAAAUGUUUUGCUAUCCAAGUUUUCCUGUUAACUACAUAUACUGUAAAUUCUUCUUGUUUUAUGGUGAUACUGCUAAGGUGAAUAUUUAAAUACCCUGUUUAAAGCAUUUUUUUAGUGCAGUGUUCUUUUUAUAUUAGGCCUGGGUGAAUAUUAGUUUUUUAGUUUGAAUGGAAUGUGAAUACGAAUAUCGAAUUCAAAUAGUAAGAAUUUGAAUGCCUCUAAAAAAAAAUUUUCAGAUAUAAAAAAUAUUAAAAGAAAAUAAAUUUAUAGUGCAGUAGCAUCAGGAAAUUUAGAUAUAUAAUACCAACAAUAGGUUAAGUCAGCUGCAGUUACUCUUGGUAACAUUUUGUUGAAAUAUUAAAAUUUUUAAUAAACAGUGCAAAGAAAAUAUGUAAGGCAAUUGCAGUAUGUGUAAAGAAACUUCAAGGUGGUUGGUUUAAAAAGAAUGUACAGUGAGCAAUUUUAAUCUAUAGUUAUUUUGAUGUAGGUCAAAAAAAAUUUUUUUUUUAAUUUUCUCUGUGAAAAUAAAUAAAUUAUAUUAACAUUUAUUGAUAACAUAUUUUGGCUUGUUUUAACUAAAGUGUAGGAACAGUAGCUGCAAAGAAUGUACAUUUCUCUUUCUAUCCAGUGUAUGUGUGCUUGGUAAAAGAGGCGAAGUUCUCUCCCCCCCCCCCCCCUUUUUUUUUUUCUCUUCAAUCCUCUUACUUUGACCAUUUUUUUGGGUCCAUGUUUGACAAGAUAAUUGCCUGAGCAGUCACUUCGCUAGGAGGGUGAGUGUGGGCCUGCAUCUGGUUGCUCGUCAUUCACUGUGUAUUAUCCACCAGAAAAACUUUCUCGUAGGUUGUUAGGUUUUAAGAGUCUUUGCUGCGAGUAUGCAACCACAUGUUUUCCACGAGAUCCAUUCAAAUUUUUCUCUCUUCACCGCCCUGUUCUGAAGGGAACUAAUCACAGUUUGUUCCUACCCUCUGAUCUAAAAACUGUCAACUUUAAGUACUUUAACACCCCAGCAGUGUUCUGAUUUUUUUGGACAGGUUAUUCUUAUUCAUAUCUGCAUGCUGUCAGUUCAAAUCUGUUUUUAACGACCGACUUGCCGGACUCUCUUCAAAUUACUGUGUUAAGUCCGGCUUUACUAUUUUAGUCUUUUCAAAUUUAUGUGGCCAGAUGUAGCAAAAAAACUCCAUAGAAAUAACCCUAAAACAUUACGAAUAUCCUGUCAAAAUUUUGUCCCCACCAGAUGAGAAAAUCAUCUGACAUCCCGAAAUUUUCCAGACUUUAGAGAUCCCGCACAGCUAUUCAUAAACAACUGAAUACAUAUUCGUUUUUUCAAAGUGCUAGUAUUCAAAAUCAAAUUGAAUACGAAUAAUAAUAAUUUAAUAUUCAAAAGUUUGAAUAUUCACACAGGCCUAUAUUGUAUACUUUAUUAGCCUGAUCUAAAUUCACAUUAAUAUGUACACAACCUGUAGGAUCAACAUUUGUAGCUGCUGCUUGUGUAUGCCUAGCGCAUCCUCGUGAAAAUAUUGCUCUUACGGCACAGACAAAAUUUAUAAAAUUUUAAAUGUUCUGUGUGCUGUAAUUUAAGUGCGAACAGAACUGUUACUAUGUUAUUCAGCAAUAAAAUGGGAAUAAUUUGAAACAGCAUUUUGUGUGUGAAAGUAAAAUAGUAUGUGUUUAGCAAUAAGAUGAAAAUGCUCCCUUAUUGCAUAAUGGAACUUUAUUGUGAGUUAUACCGGUGAUUGUAUUAUGUUCAGUGCUGUGGUAUACAAUUGUAGCUUAGGCUUUAUGUAUUAUAUGACCAGCAAGUCUUUGACAGUGGUUCCAAAUGUUAAAUUUUUUGCCACUUGAAAAUUUACAUUUUUUUUACAAUAAAAAUAAAAAAUGCUUCUGUUUUUAAUUCUUUUGGCUGGUGUCAAAAACUGCUCAUUAUCUUUUUAAUUCAAUAGAGAGAAAAAAAAAUCAAAUGUAGGAUUAACGGUUACUUUCACGUUGCUUUUUUACUUAGGUAUCAUGACACACACACUGACGUAUGGUCCUACAGUAUUAGCCGUAGGCGACAUGGCUUCUCACGCAGUAACGUACUGUCUUCACUGAUAUUUUGCAAAUUUUUUCAUAACUUUGCGGGGUUAUACAUCCCCUUUAGCCCUAUCUUUCACUGGAUAUGAAUUAAAAACUUAAUGUAAGUUUUACAAAAAAAAAUUUGGACAGUGUUGUUUUAUAUUAUUACAGUACAAUCUUAGAUUGGCAAUUUUAUACUACAAUUUUUACUGAAAUUUAUUUCCCAAAUUUGGAAUGAAUUUUGGUUUUAAACAGAAGUGCAUAGCCAGGUCAUUUAGGUGAUUGUUUGAUUAUAAUUGCAUUACAUUUGGAUCUAAACGUGUAGUGUGACUUUAUAUAAAACGGACAUGUGCUGUUUUCUCUUUAGAGUUAUGUACACAGUUCUGAAAUGUUACAAUUUUGGAACAAAUGAAAUGUAGGUAAUUAUUAGAACUAUUUGGUAGCCAAAACUUUUGUGCUUGUGUAUGUGAUACUAUGAGCAUUUUGAGAAUUAAAUUACUUUUAUUUUAAUAAUUUCUGUCUUCUCACAUUUCUAACAUCGCUAGUAGUAUGAAAACUGCAAACUAUAUCUUUUUCACAUCAUUAAGUACUGAAUAGGUGAGUACGUACCUUGUCUGACUUUACUUUAUUAAAAAAAAAUGUAAUAAACUUAUUUAUCUGUUAAGCAUUUUACAUGGAUUGUUUUGAUAUGAUAUUAAUGUGUACAGGGUUCACUUUUUUUUAUAACUCAAGUGUGUAGGCAUGAACAUUUAUUUCUUUGUUUGAUAUAACCAUUUAUAAUUAAGAUGUUACUUUUUUGGCAUUGGUGAUUAAAGUUAGAGAGUCGUGUUUUAAAAUUGUUUAAUAGCCUUCCUUGUUUUGAUUUUAAUUCUCCUGAUGGAAUGAUAAUGCUCAAAAUUUGUUUGGUAUGUAGUACAUUUGUAUUUAAUUUUUACCUGAAAAUUUUAUUUUGUAUCUUUAGAUAAAUAAGAAUACAGCUCUGAUCUGAAAGUAAUUUAUGGAUUUAACUGAAAUUACAUAUUUGUUCUGUUAAAAGUUUGUUAUUGAAAACAAGUUGACGGAGUAAAUUAUAUGUAGAGGUUAAUUCUUUGUCAUUUUGGUUAUUUUGAAAAUUAAGUUAUAUUACAGCAGUAGUAUAAGCAGAAGUAAAUCAUGUUCGAAAAAUUUAUUUUGUGCUGCUGUUUGCACUGUUAUUUAGAACUUUGUUAAUAGCUUUAAAAUAUCGUAAUUUUCUUAAAAAUAUGUUCGUUAAAUUAUUAAGGGUUUUUCAAGUUGUGUUGAAAGAAUAGUGUGUCCCUUAGUUGUUUUGUACCUUUAGUACCCUGCAGAAAAAUUAUGUGAAUUAGGAGUAAAGUGGUGUUCGACUAAUUGGAGAAGGGGACCAUGUUCCGACCUCUGCCCAGGUGAAGACAGUUCUUCAAGCUCUUACUAGGUUUAACUUAUUCAAAACACUAUUAUGUCCAUGCAGAUGAGAUUCUGUAAUUGGCGGGCAUUAAUUAAAGCCAAGUAUAUAUAAACUUUCCACAAGUUAAUCCUGGAUUACUGAUAUUUAAAUUUUACCUUUGUCUCCAAAAAUUUAUGCAAUAUGCCUGUGUGAAUAGCAAUAGGUAAGUUCUGUGUCAAAAAUAAUUACAGGUACUUCGUUUUUUGGUUGUUAUCUAUUUAACACACAUAUUACUUAUGUUUGAUAAUAAUUUUUGAUUGUGGACCUACAGAAAUGCAAAGAUUUUAUGUUUUUGUUCAACUAGAAUAUAUGCUGUGUUCCGAUACAUCAGGUUCUGAUUUUGUUGAGGCUAUGGGUUUUAAAUACCAUUUGAAUUUUCAUUCAUAUUUUAACUUAUAUUUUAAUUGAUUCUUGUAAAAAAUGUAAAUUUGAAUAUAAAUUGUUAUACAGAACAUUUAAAAUCUAUUGGUCUGCAUUUAGUUGGAAACAUAAUAGGGUGAGGCUAAGUUUAGCAAUACACUGUUUUACAUCAUUGUGAGUAUACACAUAUAUAUUUGCAUUAAAACAGGAUGCAUAAUGAAGUAUAAGAUUUAUUUGUGCUAAAACUAAAUAAUUGUGUGUACAUUAUAAGUGAGAAAGAUUCAUUACUUCAUAGUGUAUGAAUUUAUAACAUUAGCAUUUUCUAGUGUACAGUCAACAUUGUUACAUAAGAAUUUCAUGAAAGAAGUAACAUAUACCUAUAUUGAUUGUAUGUGAAUAUAAUUUAAUCCUUAAGUUCUUUUAGUUUGUGCCCACAUGUAAAUGUGGUCAUAAAAGAGAAACCUGUGUUAUUUGUUUUCUGAACCGUGAACUUGUGACCUUGCAAACGGAUGGACAGGAGGCAAGUUUCUCCCAUUGGUAGAAAUAGGGCAUGUAAACCAUGGCAUAUUUGCAAGAAUUGUCACUGAAUGUACAUGUCAAUGAGAGUAAUAAAUGAUAAAACAUAAUGAAAACUCACAAAA